GAAUUCAUAGAGCAGUGUUGAGGAUUAGUAACUGCUCCUCCUACCUACACAUACCCACGUCCAAGUUUUUCAAAUCACAGCGAUCGGUCGAGCAGCACAGAUAGUGGGCGAACGUUUACUGUCUUCAAACAUCUGUCAAAUUCUAAUCAAUCGGUCUCAAGACAAGGAAAAUUAUAUGGCUGCCAAUAUACAAGAUGUUAUUAUGCUCGUCGGUGACUCCCUGACUCAGCGUGGAUGGGAACAAGGAGGCUUCGCGCAGUUGCUUGCGGAAAGAUACGUUCGGAAGCUCGACGUUAUCAACCGCGGCCUCGGAGGUUAUCAAACGGACUGGGCCAUUCCAAUUUGUGAGCAGAUCUUCGCCAAACAGGAUGAACAGCAUCACGUCCGGAAUGUCAAGUUACUUACAAUAUGGUAUGGCGCCAACGACGCUGCGCCUGCUCCCAACACACGACAUGUGCCAAGAGACAGGUACAAAGCGAAUCUAAGCCAUCUUAUUAAAAUGGUAAAAACGCCGACGUCAGCGUACUACUCCCCCGAGACCCGCAUAAUCCUGAUUACCCCACCACCAGUAAAUGAGAAGCAGCGGGGUAACCCUGAGAGUCCACGUGUAUUUGAGACUACGAGAAGCCGUCAAGGAAGUAGGUGAGAGCGAGAAUGUGCCCGUGGCAGAUAUCUGGACACAGAUGUUCGAUGGCGCUGGCCGAAGCGAGGAAGGAUGCAAAAAAUACUUGACCGAUGGGCUACAUUUAAACAGUGAUGGUUACAAUAUUGUCU